AUGGCCACCUUCGAGGAGCAGACAAAGUGCGUUGUGGAAGCCUUGUUCUCUGACCUCCUAGGUGAAGAAGGGACUGACUGCCGGAGCCUGGAGACAGACUCGGAAGAGCCUGUGAAGCCUGAGGGAGAGCCUCCAAUCCCCUUUGACCCGGUCGUGGUUGCCAGUCGCCUGCGGCGGAUGGGGGACCAGUGCAACAUGGAUUUCGAAAGGGUUUCCUCAGAGGCUCUUGCUGAAGUGCUCAAGGGAAAGAUGGAGAAGUUUGGGGCUGCCGUGGACUCUCUCAUCAGGAGCUGGAGUAACCAGAACCCCGAGCUGGUCUACGAGACAGCUUUUCUCUCUGUUUCUGUGAAAUUGCUAGUGCAUGUUGCUAAGAAAGGCCUAGCUAUGGUGCAUCCCAACCAACUCAUAAAUGUGAUUAAUGGGAAUUCUCAAGUGAGAAGCUACAUUGAGGCCUGCGGCGGAUGGGAGAACUUGGACAAUUGA